AUUCUGUGGUACACAAAGAAGAUGUUUUUGCUGGCUCUGUAAGCACAAAAAGGGAAGAGGAAAAUUGUUAAAGGCAGUGUGGAUAUGACUUGAAUUUUUCAGCAGGCUCUCAACACUAUUACUAGGGGUGAAGAAUUAUCUCCUUCCAGGUAGUUUUCCAAUAACUUCAAAAAGGAAUUAAGGUUGAAAUAACCUCUUUCUGGCCAGAAAGCUGGUUGGGAGAUGCCUCACGAUGGAUAAAGCCAUUCAGCACCCCAGUGAGAUCCUGUCCAAUCAAACUGUCUCUAACUUUAGCUUUUCUCAGUUUUUGAACUUUGACACAUGCCAGCUUUCCUUCCUUGCAGAGUUCUUGCUUAUUACAGCUUACACGUUAGUUUUACUGGUGGGGCUCUUUGGAAAUCUUUGCUUGAUUAUUAUAAUAAAGAGACGGAAAGAAGCUCAAAAUGUUACCAACAUUUUGAUUGCCAACCUCUCUUUAUCAGAUGUCUUGAUCUGUAUCAUGUGUAUUCCUGUCACAGUUGCAUACACCUUAAUGGACCACUGGAUAUUUGGGGAAGCAAUGUGUAAAAUGGGUUCUUUCACACAAAGUUUAUCUGUCUCAGUCUCCAUUUUCUCACUUGUACUCAUUGCUGUGGAGAGGUAUCAGUUAAUUGUGAACCCACGUGGCUGGAAGCCUAAUAUUUCACAUGCCUACUGGGGGAUUCUUUUCAUCUGGGCUCUUUCCCUCGUCAUAUCCCUUCCUUUUUUAAUAUUUCACCAAUUAACAGAUGAGCCCUUCAAACACCUGUCUUUCUACAGUGAUUUCUACAAGAACAAGGUUGCUUGCAUCGAAGCAUGGCCAUCUCUUACAGAGAGGCUGAUUUUCACCACCAGCCUGCUGGUUUUCCAGUACUGCUUCCCACUGGGGUUUAUUUUUAUCUGCUACCUCAGGAUAUUUGUGUGUCUUCGAAGGAGACGCUUAAAAAUAGACAGGAUGAGGGAGAACGAGAGCAGGCUGAGUGAAAGCAAAAGGAUUAAUAUGAUGCUGGUAUCAAUUGUUGUGACUUUUGCAGCUUGCUGGUUGCCUCUCAAUAUAUUCAACGUGGUUUUUGACUGGAACUACGAGGCGCUAAUGAGCUGCAAUCACAACCUGGCAUUUACCAUCUGCCACCUCGUGGCCAUGAUCUCAACGUGUAUCAACCCCAUCUUCUAUGGGUUUCUGAACAGGAACUUUCAGAAGGAUUUGAUAGUAUUAGCUCACCACUGCAGAUGCUCAGCAUCACAGGAGGAAUAUGAAAAUAUCGCCCUUUCGAAUCUGCAAACUGAUGCAUCUAAGGGGUCUCUGAAAUUAAAUAAUCCCCAUGUGGAUAUAUAAAAUAAUCCAACAGCAGUUUCCAAAAUUGUGUGUUUUGUUGCAGAUGGCUUCUUUCUGUAGGUCUUGGUCAUGUUACCAUCAAGUUUAGAGGAAGUUUUUACAUUUAAUUCAGCAAAAUCAGGAUUAUGCUUCCAUAGGCAUACUCUUAACAGGUACUUAAUGAUAGUGUUAAUGCUAAUAAACCACUUCCAAGAGUCAUAAAGAUCAAUAAUAAGGAAUUAUAAACAGUAUUAACAUCUUGCUUUUUUAAUCCACAGUUUCAAAGUCACUGGCAUCCAACCUUGGCUCCAAAAAAUCAUUUCCAUUUCAGCCACUGAUGGAAUGUCCUCCCUAAACACCAGCUUCCCCUAAGUAAACCCUGUGGUGUUCCUAACUUCAGCAGCCUCUCUCACAGUUUUCUGGCCUUUUGAUUUUCCUACCCUACACUGAUCCCAGCCCUGGUUAAUCUGCAGGUUACAGACUGUUCACACUGUAAGGAAGGACCCUGAAUUUAUCCUAAGCCUCCACCAUCUUCCUUUCAGCCCCAGCAUGCAGUUUGUUUUGGUUUAGUACCAGUCCAGCUCAGAAAUCAUAUUUUAACAAGGGAAAAGGCUAGAGCUGGAAUUCUUUUUUUUUUUUAUGAGCACUAAAACAGUUGAAAACUUGAUUUGCUGCAAAGAUGUCUUCACUGAGAUUGCUCUUGCUGUUCAAGAUAAAAUACAUAUUUAGCAUUUCUCCUAAAAGCAUUGCAUUCUCCAAACCACCAGCAUAGAUCAUUGCUUUUGCUCCUACCAUCACCACUGGUCCCGCCAAUAGACCUUUUAGAAUCUCCAUUAUCAGACAAACACACUAUGAAUUUAGAGUAAAUUUUGUUUUAGCUACUUACCCAGAUU